CGACUGCGAGGACAACUCGGACGAGGAGAACUGCGAGUCGCUGGUGUGCAAACCCCCCUCCCACACCUGCGCCAACAACACCUCCAUCUGCCUGCCCCCCGAGAAGCUCUGCGACGGCUCCGACGACUGCGGGGACGGCUCCGACGAGGGCGAGCUCUGUGGUGAGUGCAGAGCUGGCCACAACUGCACCGUGGCCCCUGGCGAGGGCAUCGUCUGCUCCUGUCCCCUGGGCAUGGAGCUGGGCUCGGACAACAAGACCUGCCAGAUCCAGAGCUACUGUGCCAAGCACCUCAAGUGCAGCCAGAAGUGCGAGCAGGACAAGUACAACGUCAAGUGCUCCUGCUACGAGGGCUGGAUGCUGGAGCCCGACGGCGAAAGCUGCCGCAGCCUGGACCCCUUCAAGCCAUUCAUCAUAUUCUCCAACCGCCACGAGAUCCGGCGCAUUGACCUGCACCGGGGGGACUACAGCGUCCUGGUGCCCGGGCUGCGCAACACCAUCGCCCUGGACUUCCACCUCAACCAGAGCUCGCUGUACUGGACCGACGUGGUGGAGGACAAGAUCUACAGGGGAAAGCUGCUGGAGAAUGGAGCUCUGACCAGCUUCGAGGUGGUGAUCCAGUACGGGCUGGCCACCCCCGAGGGACUGGCCGUGGACUGGAUCGCCGGCAACAUCUACUGGGUGGAGAGCAACCUGGACCAGAUCGAGGUGGCCAAGCUGGACGGCACCAUGCGGACCACGCUGCUGGCUGGGGACAUCGAGCACCCCCGCGCCAUCGCCCUGGACCCUCGCUACGGGAUCCUGUUCUGGACAGACUGGGACGCCAGCCUGCCCCGCAUCGAGGCGGCUUCCAUGAGUGGGGAGGGCCGGAGAACCAUCCACAAGGAGACGGGCUCGGGGGGCUGGCCCAACGGGCUCACCGUCGACUAUCUGGAGAAGCGCAUCCUCUGGAUCGACGCCAGGUCGGACGCCAUCUACUCAGCCCUGUACGAUGGGACGGGGCACAUCGAGGUGCUGCGGGGACACGAGUACCUGUCACACCCCUUUGCUGUCACCCUCUACGGGGGUGAGGUGUACUGGACCGACUGGCGCACCAACACGCUGGCCAAGGCCAACAAGUGGACAGGGCACAACGUGACAGUGGUGCAGAGGACCAACACGCAGCCUUUCGACCUGCAGGUCUAUCACCCCUCCCGGCAGCCCCUGGCUCCUAAUCCCUGUGAAGCCAACAAGGGCAAAGGGCCGUGCUCCCACCUCUGCCUCAUAAACUACAACCGCACCUUGUCCUGUGCCUGCCCCCACCUCAUGAAGCUGGACAAGGACAACACGACCUGCUAUGAGUUUAAGAAGUUCCUGCUCUACGCGCGGCAGAUGGAGAUCCGGGGCGUGGACAUUGACAACCCCUACUACAACUACAUCAUCUCCUUCACGGUGCCCGACAUCGACAACGUCACCGUGGUGGACUACGACGCCCUGGAGCAGCGCAUUUACUGGUCUGAUGUCCGCACCCAGACCAUCAAGAGAGCUUUCAUCAAUGGCACCGGGGUGGAGACCGUUGUCUCUGCGGACCUGCCCAAUGCUCACGGCCUCUCUGUGGACUGGGUUUCCAGAAACCUCUUCUGGACCAGCUAUGACGCCAACAAGAAGCAGAUCAACGUGGCACGGCUGGACGGCUCCUUCAAGAACGCGGUGAUCCAGGGGCUGGACAAGCCUCACUGCCUGGUGGUCCACCCGCUCCAGGGGAAGCUGUACUGGACCGACGGGGACAACAUCAGCAUGGCCAACAUGGAUGGCAGCAACCGCACCCUCCUCUUCACCAACCAGAAAGGGCCUGUUGGCCUGGCCAUUGACUACCCAGAGAGCAAACUGUACUGGAUCAGCUCUGGCAACGGCACCAUCAACAGAUGCGACCUGGACGGCAGCAACCUGGAGGUGAUCGAGUCCAUGAAGAGUCAGCUGAGCAAGGCGACGGCCUUGGCCAUCAUGGGUGACAAGCUGUGGUGGGCUGACCAGGCCUCUGAGAGGAUGGGCACCUGCAACAAGAAGGACGGGACGGAGGCGCGGGUGCUGCGCAACAGCACCACGCUGGUGAUGCACAUGAAGGUGUACGACGAGAGCAUCCAGCAAGGUGUUGGCUCCUUCCUCCUGUACUCGGUCCACGAGGGGAUCCGUGGCAUUCCCCUGGACCCCAACGACAAGUCGGAUGCUCUCGUGCCCGUGUCGGGCACUUCCCUGGCCGUGGGGAUCGACUUCCAUGCAGAGAAUGACACGAUCUACUGGGUGGACAUGGGCCUGAGCACCAUCAGCCGGGCCAAGCGGGACCAGACGUGGCGGGAGGACGUGGUCACCAACGGCAUCGGGCGCGUGGAGGGCAUCGCCGUGGACUGGAUCGCUGGAAACAUCUACUGGACAGACCAGGGCUUUGAUGUCAUCGAGGUGGCCAGACUGAACGGGUCCUUCCGCUAUGUGGUCAUCUCCCAGGGGCUGGACAAGCCACGGGCCAUCACAGUGCAUCCAGAGAAGGGGUACCUGUUCUGGACAGAGUGGGGACAGUACCCCCGCAUCGAGCGCUCGCGCCUGGACGGCACUGAGCGGAUGGUGCUGGUGAACGUCAGCAUCAGUUGGCCCAACGGGAUUUCGGUCGACUACGAGGACGGGAAGCUUUACUGGUGUGACGCCCGGACGGACAAGAUCGAACGGAUCGACCUGGAGCCGGGCGAAAACCGUGAGGUCGUCCUGUCCAGCAACAACAUGGACAUGUUCUCCGUGUCCGUCUUCGAGGAGUACAUCUACUGGAGCGACCGGACUCACGCGAAUGGCUCCAUCAAAAGAGGCAACAAGGACAACGCCACUGAGUCGGUGUCCCUGCGGACGGGCAUCGGCGUGCAGCUCAAGGACAUCAAAGUCUUCAACCGGGCCCGGCAAAAGGGCACCAACAUCUGUGCCCAAAACAACGGGGGCUGCCAGCAGCUCUGCCUGUUCCGGGGCGGCGGGCAGCGGACGUGCGCCUGUGCCCACGGAAUGCUCUCGGAGGAUGGGGCGAGCUGCCGGGACUACGACCGCUAA